CCCUGUCCGGUGACGUCAUCGAUCGGAGCCGGACGACCCCCGUCUCCGCCCAGAUCCCCUCCCACCCCGCCGGAAUUCCUCCUCCGGCCAUCCUCGUCUUCCUCCUCGCCCGCACCUCCACCGGACUUCUCCUCCGACGAUCCAGCUUCCCGCGGCCAUGCUCCAGCUAAGCUCCGCCCCCGGCAAGGGGUUCUGGGCGCGGCACCGGUGGAAGAUGCUGCUCUCGCUCGGCGUCGCCGGCGCCGGCUACGCGGCCUACCGCUUCUACGACGCGCACCAGAAGCAGCUCGUACGCGUCGAGCAGCGCCAGCUCGAGGAGCAAGCCGCCGACGAGCUCGUCAAGAACCAGUUGCAAGCCCACUUCGAGAACGUGCAGAGGAUCUCGGACACGACCACGCUGCCUUUCGCCAUGCACUACCUCCGUUCGCGGAUAAUCGAGGAGCUGGACAUCUCGCACUUGACCGAGAGGCUGCUGCAAGGGAAGGGGGGAGAUUCCGCCGCGCUGACGCCCAAGGAGAAGCUCGACACCUGGGACAGGAUUAAAAUUCUGAGUUUCACAAGGACAGUGUCUUCAUUGUGGGCGAUGACAUUGCUGAGCUUAUAUGUUAGAGUCCAGGUUACCAUAUUAGGCAGACAUCUCUAUUUGGACUUUGCUCGCGGUACAGAUGGCGCACAGUUACAGGCUGAAUCUGACACUUUUAGCAGAAACGGGCAUAAAGACUUCCUUGCAACUGCUGACUACCUCGCAACAUAUGGUAUCACUGCAUUGAUCAUGCAAAUGCAACAUGCUGCAACUGAAAUCUUGAAAGAGAAGCAAUUGAAAGACCCCAUGACCAUGGACCAAGUAUUACAAACGAUGUUAGAGAUAUCGGACCAGUUCAUGAGUCUUUGUGACGAUAACUCAUGGAUAAACUACCUUGUACCUGAGAAUGCCAAUCGUUAUGCACAGUUGAUGGCUGUGGCCAGUAGCGGCUUUGAUGACUCAUCUCUUGUAAUGGAUGUUAGAAAGCUUGAUCAGCUAAUGACUGAGACACGCAUAGUGUUGGCAAGCGAUGAUUUCAGAAAUAUCAUGCACAUGUCACUGAGGAAGGUAGCUGAUCUGGUGAUUGAGGACUUGGGUACACAGGUUGGAGCCACGAUUCCCCCAUCAGGACUUCCCUUGGCGAAGCUCUUGGCCCGAGUAGCUCAACUGAGUUCAGCAUUGCUCGAGGAACCAAGCAAGAACAAGCACAUCCAGACCAUCCGGAGUAUGCCGGAGGUGGACCUUUUCUACACAUUCCUCUACGCCAACAUGCCACCACAAACAUGAUUGUACAUCCAUGUGCAAAGGAUUAUACGUUUCUUCUGAUUUUUUUGUCCCUCCAAUGGAUCUGGUGGUAGUUUAUGUAUGGAAAGCUGAGCAGCCUGGAUUUCUUGAAACCCGGAACAGGGUGGGGAGAGGAGGCUGGCUUUAUGCGAUGUAUAUGCUGAAGAUGUGCUGUUGUUACUAACAGGGUUGAACUGGAUGCGGUUCUUACCCUCUUUUUUUUCCUUCACUUUGUACUUGCCUUUUGCGGUUCUAGUUAGAUUUUGAUGGCUGUUCCUGCCGCCUCUUUCAUAUAUUAUUUUGGUACCAUGCAACGGAAGUUGUACCUGGUAAAUUUCCAACUCUACAAAAAUUGUUCAUGUGAUGUGUUAUCUGGGUAUGCUGUUCUGUCA